AUGCGGCAGGCCAUGAGCGGAAUACUGAAGAGGAAAUUUGAGGAGGUGGAAGCCACCUCCUCCCCGUGCUCUUCCCUGCGGGAGUCUGAUGAUGAGGUCUCCUGCAGCGAGAGUGGGGAUAGCAGUGACAGUGUCAACCCCUCAGCCUCAGGCCCUUUCACCCCUGAAUCUAUAUUGAAGCGAGAGAAACGUGUGCGCACCAGGAGAGUGCAUUUCGAGAACGUGACGGUUUAUUACUUCAGCCGGCGGCAGGGCUUCACCAGUGUUCCCAGUCAGGGCGGCAGCACACUGGGCAUGUCCAACAGGCACAGCUGGAUCAGGCAGUACUCGCUGGGUGAGUUUGCCCUGGAACAGGAGAGGAUCCAUAGAGAUAUGCUCCGGGACCACCUGAAGGAGGAGAAACUCAACUCAAUCAAACUCAAGCUGACUAAGAACGGCACGGUGGAGUCGGAGGAGGCCAACACGCUCACGGCAGAGGACAUCUCCGACGAUGACAUUGACCUGGACAACACAGAAGUGGACGAGUACUUCUUCCUGCAGCCGCUCACUACUAAAAAGCGGCGGGCGCUGCUGCGUACCUCCGGGGUAAAGAAGAUUGAUGUGGAGGAGAAACAUGACCUGCGGACCAUCCGGAUGUCCAGGGAGGACUGCGGCUGUGACUGCAGAGUCUUCUGCGACCCGGAGACCUGUGCCUGCAGCAUCGCAGGGAUCAAGUGCCAGGUGGACCGCAUGUCAUUUCCAUGUGGUUGCACGAAAGAGGGCUGCAGCAAUGGAACUGGCCGAGUGGAGUUUAAUCCCAUCCGCGUUCGGACCCAUUUCUUGCACACUAUAAUGAAGCUCGAACUGGAGAAGAGUCGUGAGCAGCAGCAGGCGCCCCCGGCCAAUGGCUACCGCGGUGAAACCAACGAACUGGCCAGCGGGAAUCCUCUGGUGCAGUCCCAGCACAGGUUGGAAUACUCGCUGUCCGACACCGGGCCGCAGACGGCCGGCGUCCACCUGCAGAACAUGGACGUGAUGGAGGAACCGCUGGACGACGAGGAAGAGGACGAAGAAGACGACGACGAGGAGGAGGAAGAGGAGAAUGAAGACGACGAGGACAGUAGCAGCGUUUGCAGCGGACUCUCUGACUCCAGCACACAGAGCUUAGCCAACAGCGACUCUGAGGAGGAGGAGGAGGAUGAAGACGAUGAGGAGAAGUCUGAGAACUUUGGUGAGGACAUGACGGCGCCGCCGGUGUUGCACACUGAUGUGGUCCCUCUGUCCGCUGUUCUGUGUUACAGUGACAGCUCUGUGUCACAUGACAACCACAUGAAUGGAAACACUUAUUUAAUGAACUCCCCCUCGGCUGAGUACUAUCAGCUGGGGAGCUCCGGUAGCGUCUCCAGCGGACAAACCAGCCAACCCAGUGAACCCUAUGGGGAAGCCUUAGCAUUCCAAGAUCCGGUCGGCAUGACCAAUGGCAGCGCGGCACAAGGGCCGUUCAACGUGACCGCCGGGCAGUACACGGACUACUCCAAUCAGGCUGCAGAACAAUACACAGCCAAUCACCACUUCACCCUGGCCAACGGGGCUCCGGCCCCCCCUCUGACCUGCUUCACGGCGGAUCCGGAGAAGAAGGUGCUGUCCAAGGCGGAGCUUGUGGAGCCGCCGGAAAACCAGAACCAGACGCAGUUCCAGAACUACCUGAACAAUAACUCCCAGAGCUCCUACAGCUCAUGUAUGACAGCUGAGCCGCCCCAGCAAGACGUUAAUAGACAAUCCGAGCUGACCUUACUAGCGAACAGUACUAAGAACCUCCCUUUACCAGACCAUUGCCCCGAGGUCACAGCCAUUUAG